AUGGGGCCUUACCUGAUCUCUAAGGACUUUGGGAACAACUCGUUCCGGGUCGACCUACCUGCGCGGCUAUUGCAGCGAGGAGUUCAUCCUGUAUUCCACGCUUCGUUGCUUCGUGUGCAUGUUGCCAAUGAUGAUCGUCUCUUCCCUGGACGGGCGGAGACGCAAGUGGCAGAUUUCGGGGAAGACGGGGCCGAGUGGGCCGUAGAUCGCAUCCUGUCGCAUAAGGGGCAAGGGAUGUCAUCCGUGUUCAAAAUCAAGUGGAAGGCCGGGGACGUCACC